UUUCCAUCUGGAAUGUCAACAGACGGGGAAUAACACCACCGGGAUUCCAUCAUGGCUUCCCAUUCCCGCGGGCUCGCCCUUCUCUGCUUUCUGCUCGGGUUUCAGCACCCUCUGACAGCAGUCUUCAUGAACCAGGAGGAAGCCAACAGCGUCUUACACAGGCAAAGGCGAGCCAACAGUUUCUUCGAAGAACUGAGGUCAGGGUCACUGGAGAGAGAGUGCAAGGAAGAACAGUGCUCGUUCGAGGAAGCCAGGGAGAUCUUCAAGAGCACUGAGAGGACUAGGCAGUUCUGGGUGGCUUAUACCGAUGGAAACCAGUGCACCUCAAACCCGUGCCAGAAUGGGGGCCUGUGUGUGGACCAGCUCCAGUCUUACAUUUGCUUCUGCCUUGAUGAUUUUGAGGGUCGGAACUGUGAGACAAACAAAAACAGCCAGCUGAUCUGUCUGAAUGAAAACGGAGGCUGUGAACAGUACUGCAGUGACAACGCAGAGACCAAGCGUUCCUGCCGAUGUCAUGACGGCUACACGCUCAUGGCUGAUGGAGUGUCCUGCACGCCCACAGUUGAAUAUCCGUGUGGAAAAAUACCUGUUCUGGAAAAAAGAAAUGACAACAUCCCCCAAGGCCGAAUUGUGGGUGGCAGGUUGUGUCCCAAAGGGGAGUGUCCAUGGCAGGCUGUGAUAAAGCUGCAGGGGACUCUGCUGUGUGGGGGAUCUCUGCUUGACGCCACCUGGGUGGUCUCCGCAGCCCACUGUUUCAACAAACCCGGCAUCCUCAGGAACUGGGAGAAUAUAACAGUGGUGUUGGGUGAGCACGACUUUAGUGACGAGGACGGCGAUGAACAAGAACGGCGAAUUGCUCAGAUCAUAAUCCCUGACAAGUAUGUGUCAGGCAAGACCGACCACGACAUUGCCCUGCUGCGCCUGAGAACGCCGGUGAACUUCACUGACUACGUAGUGCCCCUCUGUUUGCCUGACAAGAGAUUCUCAGAGCAAACACUCGCCUUCAUCCGUUUCUCCUCCGUGAGCGGCUGGGGCCAGCUUCUCGACAGGGGCGCCACAGCCCUCGAGCUCAUGACUAUAGACGUGCCCAGGCUGAUGACCCAGGACUGUAAUGAGCAAAUGCAAAGGACCGCCAACUCCCCAGUGGUGACCGAGAACAUGUUCUGUGCUGGCUACCUGGAUGGGACCAAGGAUGCCUGCAAGGGUGACAGUGGGGGCCCUCAUGCCACCAAGUACCGAAACACAUGGUACCUGACAGGAAUUGUCAGCUGGGGUGAGGGCUGUGCAGCCGUGGGCCACGUUGGGGUGUACACCAGGGUCUCCCGGUACAUUGAGUGGCUGAACAGGCUCAUGGACUCGAACCCGAGCCCAGGCCGUUUCCUGUCAGCCCGUUUUCCCUAG